UAAAAAAAUGCACUAAUUAACAGUUUGCAUAACGACAACGAGCUUUACAUAUGCGCGAGGGCUUUUAAGAGAGCGGCGCGUGCGAACUCUAAACCACUUUUGAUGCUCUCGAGCUCCAAACUCUGCCUUAUUUUUUGAUGGCAAGACCGAAUAAUGCCAGUCUAGCAUGGCUGUCUCUCCAACUCAUGCCACCCGUGGACCGACAUGGCAUUUAGCCGCGUCUUUUCGGACCCUCCGUCCAAGAGCAUCUUCAAGACCUUCGCGGUCAUGCUGCUGUCUAUACUUGCGUCUUUAUAUUUCCUCCACUGCCUCACGGAUCGAUGCAGGACCUGUAUACCCACGGAGAGAAGAGAUGCGGGUCCGGUGGAGGGAUUUUACGAAUCGAAACUUAAAGAUUUGGGGUCGCUGAGGAGAAAGAGACUUCUUCAGAAAUGGACCUCCACGAGACCUUUGGUGAUGAGGCACCACAGCUUAAUCCACCGGCUCGAAAGUGACAGUGAAGAGGAUUUACCUGAAACUGAGGCAGAUAAACACAUUUUUCAGUCAAACGUACAGCUGUCAAACACUUUGGAUGUAGAUUUGGAGACGGGGGGCUCGUAUUUUGAUACAGGUAAACUGAGUUCGUUAGGUGAGGGCAGUAAGAAGCUGCCUCAGGCGAUCAUCAUCGGUGUGAAAAAAGGCGGGACGCGCGCGCUGCUGGAGUUUCUGCGCGUGCAUCCAGAUAUCCGCGCGGUCGGAGCGGAGCCGCACUUCUUCGACCGUAACUAUGACAACGGACUGGACUGGUACAGAGACCUGAUGCCAAAGACCCUGGAGGGCCAGAUCACCAUGGAGAAAACACCAAGCUACUUUGUGACCCGCGAGGCUCCGGCCCGAAUCUACGCCAUGUCCCGCCACACCAAGCUGAUCGUGGUGGUCCGGGACCCCGUCACACGAGCCAUCUCUGACUACACACAGACGCUGUCCAAGAAGCCCGACAUUCCUACUUUUGAGAGCCUGACGUUCAAAAACAGGACUACUGGGUUGAUCGACACCUCGUGGAGCGCCAUUCAGAUCGGCAUCUACGCCAAACACCUGGACAACUGGCUGCAGUUCUUCCCCAUGAGCCAGAUCCUGUUCGUGAGCGGAGAGCGGCUGAUCAGCGACCCGGCCGGAGAGCUGGGCCGCGUGCAGGACUUCUUGGGGCUCAAGAGGAUCAUAACAGACAAACACUUCUACUUCAACCAGACCAAGGGCUUCCCUUGUCUCAAAAAGGCAGAGGGCAGCAGCAAGCCCCAUUGCCUGGGUAAAACCAAAGGGCGGACCCACCCAAACAUUGACCCUGAGGUCGUGCAGAGACUUCGAGACUUCUACAGGCCUUUCAACAUGAAGUUCUACCAGAUGACAGGCAGGAAAUUUGGAUGGGAUGACUAACAUUAGACCGUGAGAUAGACCCUGAGUGUUGGAAAAAGGGAGAAACAACCUUACUGUGACCUCACCAGCAACAAAACUUUGAUAACAGUUCUUGUCUCUCAAAAAAACUAAAUUGGUCCAAUCUGGCUAUGGAAAAACUGGAGCAAAAGUGUAGAGAAAAGUCCACAUCCAACUCAAGUUAGGUACAGAACACUAGGAACAAAUGUCAAAAACAAGAGUAAAUGUCCUCAAACUGCUAUUGCUGUUCCAGAUUCUAUUCAAUUUCAGAUUCCAGAUUCCAAUUUUGAUCUCUUACAUCCUCAUCAGGCAAAAAUAUACAGACAAAAAGGGUUAAACAUUGCCUUUGUUGAUUAAAAUAGUGUGGGAAUUUAUUUAUUUUUUACCAUCAGGUUUUGGCCUUAUUAGUAAUUUCAACAGCCACAUACUGUACCGUAAGAGAACCUAAGAGAGACAGCUGAAAAGAUCUCUCUAGAACUAUGCAUUUGGAUGUUGAACUGUGAAUUAUCCACUGUGUCUGGAAGUUGGAGAUCAGAUUUGUCCUUCUGCCAUAUUUAAUGUAGAAAAACAAUAGCUGCUUAUAUACCUUUGCAAUUAUUUGGAAGAAAAUAUCAAAACAAUAAAAACGUGUAUUUUUUUUUAAAUGUAUUUAUUUAAAGAAAUAUACAUAUACAGUUUACAUGUUUUGAAUAAUCUUCACUAAACACCUCCCUUCACUUUUUUUGCAUGUGGAGGGUGGGUGAUUUCUUUUGUAUUUCGGACCAUAUAACACAAUGCCUUUUCUAAAACUUUUAAUGUGGUCUCAAAUGUGCACAUUUAAAUGUUUACCAUCCAGUUCACUAAGAUUGCUUUUUUAUAUUGACUGAAAGAUGUUUGAGUUAUGAAACAAUGUUAUCUCAAAAUAUUUCUUGUGUCAAUGGAUCAAAGACAACAAAAUGGCUGCCAAUGUGGUAAACAUGCAGAAUGCAAUGUCAUUUCCCCCAGGUUUGGGUUUUUGGUUUCACAGAACAAGCAAAUGCUUGUUCAAAUUGUGAUUUGACUGGAUGGCAAGCUUUUAAGAGUCCAUUUAAAGCUGUGUGUAUGAAGUGAAUGUAUGUGAAAGAGAAUGACACUGUUACAAAGCAGCAGUGCCUCUAAGACACUAAAUAGUGUUUCUCAAUUUAAAGGUGAUAUGUGUAAUUUUUCAAUGUUAAAAUGCUUUAAAACUCUACCUUUAAAAAAGCCAUCCAUAGGUUGGUUUCCUCAAAAAGUUUGGGGUGGGUGUCAUUAUUUUUUGCAUUUCCUUUUGGUGGAGCAGAAAUUACACACAUCACCUUUAAGUUCAGAGGGAAUUAAUUCAUUUUUUCCUUUGCAAUAUUAUCGGUGACAUUAUGCUUUUAUAGUUUAUUUAAUAUGAAUAAUGGAUUUUAUAAAGCACACUUUUAAUAAAAAACAUUUUUAAAAUUAGCAUUUCCCAGACUGUGAUUCUAUUCGCAAUCCUACAUCAGUAAGAACCUAAAUAAAUACAGAGCUUAUUGGACAAUUAUGACACUCAGUUCUUAGUUAAUGCUACAUAAAUGAAAUUACAAAACAAUAAUCAAAAUGCAGAGUGUUUCGUGGCUCCAGAAAGGCUCAAGACCAUGGCAGCAGACAGCAGCCCUCAUCCUCCACUGGCUGCAGUCCUAUCUGUCCUGCUCCAUCCAGCCUCAUUGUCUUAGCUUAUCUCUGUCCAUGCCAGGCGGCUCCAGGAUGCUUCGAGGCCUCCAGAAGAUGCUCGUCAUUGUGGGUUUAUUAUUUUCUGGAUUGUGCAUAAGCCUGUCGGGAGUUCGCUUUUCUAAUUUGGCUGGUUAACGACCGUUUGUUGAGCACCGCUGGAAACGGAGACAGCAAGACAUGGACAAAAUGGAUAUUUGGAUGGUCCACUUGCACUGGCAACCACAAAAACCUCUUGAGGAGGAAUUGAAUUUUUAACCCAACCUUUAUCUUUUGCUCGCUCUCUCUGUUUAUCACAUGCAAAUGUAUCUCUGCUUUAAGGCUCUUGACAGCCACCAGCUCUCCAACAAUCCCUCGUUCCUUGGCUUUUGUUUGUUUUCGUUUUCAUCGCUGGCCUCCGUGCUCCCCUGAGUCCCGUCGAUCCACUCCGUGCGUUUGUUUAAAAAGAGACUCUGCAGUGAGGCUGGAAUCUGACAGUGUUCAUUAUGAACUUAAACAGCGUGUUAACCUGACUCGCAACUAAAUUAAAUUCCACAGGUUGGGUUUCUUACAGACUCUAUUGCAGCUGUUCGGCUCGACCACAUCACAAUCCUAAUCAAGGACAUCUAUAUAAAGCUGUCGAAUUUAGGGAUUGAGAACUUACUAAUGAGCCCACAAGUGCUUAAACACAUGCAAUAAUCCAUAUGUCAAAUAAUCAUCCAUCAAUGUAAAUCUACAAUGCUUGCAUGAUGUAAAAGUUUCUCAAAUAUCUCAGUCACUUGCUGAUUUGCAAAUAACUUUAAGUUCAGUCAACAUUUCUGUAAUCAAUUCAAAACAAUUCACAACUUGUUGAAAAUAAUUUCAGCCUUAGUUCAGUUUUUGCAAACUUCACAUUUUUUAAAUGUUGAAAUUUUGCAUUCAAUACAACACAUGACUUUUAAAAUCUUAAAGGGGUCAUGACAUGAGAAAUCAAUUUUGCCUUGAUCUUUUGACAUAUAAUAGCAUAAAAUGCCCUCCUCAUUAUAAACAAAGCAUUUAUUUAAUCAAGCUCCAAAAAUGGCUUGUUUUGAUAUUGUGGGAUUUGUGACGUCAAGCCAAAUAUAUUUGCAUAUGAUUGUCUCCAGAAUAAGACGUAGAUGAAAAGUUAUAAAUGAUUGCAUCAUAGGCUCCGCCCACUGGCGUUCAGUCGUUUAACGGCUGACCCUUGCCCACACCAGGUGUCACAUCAAAAGCAAAUGGAAGCCAUUAUAAUCACUGAUGCUGUCUACACUAGAUGCAGUACAUAUGACCAUUCAAUUUUUGAGCUACUACACAUGAUUGAGUCUGCCGACAACAGGACAACUGAAAGAAUAAAAGAACAUUCGCUUUGACACGUCCUGUAUUAACAACUCGUUUGCAUCUCUGUACAGACUUCAGAAGGAUCCCAGCAUCAGAAACAAGAGGUUGGAUUAAUUUCAACGGUGCCCUAUAUUGCGGAGGAUUAUAUGUUUGUUCGGAGCAUUUGACUGCAGAUUGUUUUGUAAACAAGGCACAGUAAUGAAGAGUUUGCAAAGAAACUUUUGUUGACAGAUGAAGCAGUCAGCUUCAGCUAUUGGAUCUGACGGCAGCUUCAUCACUACUCGUAAGUAAUUUAUUACGCUUUGUCUGUAAAUUUUUCAGUUUUAUAUGGAUAAUGUUUUAAAAACACUUACUCACAUGCAAUAGUCAGGCGGUGCUGAUACGUUUUCCUA